CAGGGCAAGUUUGCCUUGGAACUGGCAACGAAAGCAAUUGAUUGGUACAAUGAUUGGUUUGGAAUUGUGAGCCCAUUGCCGAAAAUCGAUCUGAUCGCGAUACCUGAUUUUAGUAUGGGUGCCAUGGAGAACUGGGGUUUGGUCACAUAUCGUGAGGUGGCCGUUUUGGUUGAUGAAGCAAAGUCGUCCACACGUCAAAAAUCGCGAGUGGCUCUGGUUGUGGCCCACGAAUUGGCUCAUUUCUGGUUUGGAGAUCUAGUUACAAUGGUGGGUGCCAUCUGA